UCUUUUUCUUUUCAAAGCCUUCCUUACAGCUGUGUUAACCCAUACACUGAGUCAUUGACUGGUGCAGAAUUGAAGGCUCCCAGCCAGACAGAGAUGGUGCUAGAGAUGUGAAAGCUGGGGAAAUUAUACACGGUAGCGAAAAGUGAGCCAGCAUGGAUUUGUACGACCCGCAGACGCUGGGGGUUAUGGUCUUUGGAGGCUUCAUGGUGAUUUCAGCAAUUGGGAUCUUCCUGGUGUCUACCUUCUCCAUGAAGGAGACUUCUUACGAGGAAGCCCUGGCGAAGCAACGCAAGGAGCUCGAGAGAACCCAGCAGCACAAAGCGGAGAAGAAGAAGAAAGAGAAACCCGUUGAGAAGAAAGGAAAGGCCAAGAAAAAGGAGGAGAAGCCGAAUGGGAAAAUUCCAGAGCAGGAGCUGGUUCUAGAGGACGUCGACCUUGAACCUGUUGCAUUGUCUGAGCCAGUGAUUAUCGAGUCUUCCAUUCCGGCGGUUUCCGCUCUCCCUCAGGAGAAGGAGAAACCUGCCCCCUCCCCUAAAGACAAGAAGAAGAAGGAAAAGAAAGUGGCCAAGGUGGAGCCAGCUCCCCCGCUUGCGGCUGCCCCGUCGGUCGUGGUCUCGAAAUCUUCUCCCGUCUUGGAGGUCGCUGCCAAGGAAGUGCCUGUUGUGGCCGUCCCGCCGGUCGGCACGCUACAGAGCGCCCCAGUCGUUAAUGCCACUGCUGUCAAAAAAGCAGAGGCGCCGGUUGGCCUAGAGGAGCCCAAGCACGACGGGGCUGCCAAGAAGAAGGCCGUGUCCAAGAAGAAGAGUGAGCUAAUUCCUACAGAUGCCGAUGGCCCCCUGUACUUGCCCUACAAGAGCCUGGUAUCCACCAUCAGCAGCAUGGUUUUCAGCGAGGGGGAGGCGCAGCAGCUCCUCGAGAUCCUGACGGACAAAUCAGGCACUCAGGACACCUGGCACACGGCCACUCAGAAAGGGGACCCAGUUACUGCUCUGAAGCGUCAGUUGGAAGAGAGAGAGAAGCAACUUGCUGCGGAACAAGAGGAUGCAUCUGCUGCCAAAAACAAACUGAGGGAGCUAAGUAAGGAGCUUGCGGCGGAGAAGGCGAAGACCGUGGCUGUUGAAACCAAGUGGAAAGAGCAGCUGCUGGUGCGUGACCAAGAGAUGAUCGCCGUGCAAGCUCGCAUGCAGACGAGUUACCAGGACCAUGUGAAUGAAACCCAGCAGUUGCAAGGGAAGAUACGGACUCUUCAGGAACAGCUCGAGAACGGCCCCAGCACCCAGCUCGCUCGCUUGCAGCAGGAGAACUCCAUCCUACGGGACGCUCUGAACCAAGCCACCAGCCAGACGGAGAGCAAGCAAAAUGCGGAGCUAGCCAAGCUGCGGCAAGAAUGCAGUAAACUCACCAAAGAGCUGUCUGAAAAAUCUGAGACGCUGCAGCAGGAGGAGCAACAGAAAAAGAACCUGGAACUAAAGGCUGCCGCGUACGAAAAACAAAUCAACCAGCUACAGACGUCUCAGAAAGAAACGGAGGCGACGCUGCAGAAGAGGCUGGACGAAGUCAGCGACGAGCUCCGCAAGUCCCAGGCCAGCUACGCGACCCUGCUGGUGGACACGGAGAAGGCGAAGGGCCAGCAGCAGAGCAUUGCGGAGUUCGAAGCCAAGCUGCUGUCCUGCGACGCCGAGGCUAAAAGGAAAUGAGAGGAGCUGAGCUCCCUGCAAGGGACUGAGACCGUGCGGCUGGAGGAGCGGAUCCAAUCCAUCGAAGCUCUCUUGGAGGCGGGUCGCGCGAGGGACGCGGAGAAAGACACAGACUUGCAGGCAGCAACUCAAGCAGAAGUGAGCCAGCUGCAGUUACGACUUCAAGAGAAGGCCGACCAAGUCUCCUUGCUCGAAAAGGAAGGUGUGGAGCUGAGAGAGAUAAUCGAGCAGCAGAAAACGAAAAACAACGACCUCCGUGAGAAGAACUGGGAAGCCAUGGAAGCGCUGGCGUCGGCUGAGAGAGCGCGCGACGAAAAGCUGCUUUCUUCCAUGAAAGCAAAGGAAGAUUUGGAGCAGCAGCUCAGUGUGGUUCAGACGCAAACGAAGCAGGUGCUGCUUUCUCUCUUCCCCCAGGUCACGGUAGCAUCACGAGAGGCGUAUGAGGAGUGGCUGCACGAGUUUAAGGAGAAAAGUCUGGCGACGCUAACGCAGCAGACGGCUCAAACCGAAAGUCUUGAUUCAGCACUGAAAUUAAAAGACGCGGAAGAGGCGCAGAGCACUUUACAAGCCGAGUGUGAGCAGUACCGAACUAUUCUAGCCGAGACGGAAAGGAUGCUCAAGGACCUGCAGAAGAGCGUGGAGGAGGAGGAGCUGGUGUGGAAAGCCAAGCUAACGACGUCGGAAGAGGAGCUGCAAAAGGCACAAGUCCAAGUGAAGUCUCUUGCAGAGGCGUUGGACCAGCUGAAGGCAGAGCUCCAGAACACGGAUCAGCUGAAGGAAUAUACCUCUCUCCUGGAAGCCCAGCUGGAAAAUCACUUGGUAACUGCCAGUUCAGAACGCCAGAACUACACAAAAGAAGUUGAAGCCUUGAGGCAGCUCCUCUCUGAAUCCCAAGAACGGCUGGAUGCAGCAAAAGCAGAAGCAGAGAAGCAAAGCCAGGAGCUUGCACUGGUCAGGCAGCAGUUGAGGGAAAUGAAGAGCCAAGUGCCCGAUGGAGAAGCAGCUGGGUCGCAGGCUGACCCAAGCGAGCGCGAGCCCCUCGAGCUGAAGGCGCAGCUGGAGCAGACGGAAGCCAACUUGGAGAGCGAGCAGGCCCGGCGGCAGAAGCUAGCGCUGGAAUUCGAAGAAGUGAGUGCAGAUCUGGGGGGGCGGGGACCCUGCUGUCUGCGGCAAGGCCUCGGUGGCUUCGCUUCCCUGCAGACGGGAGGCCUGGGUGUCUCCACCCCGGCGGAGGAAAGGCGCGCCGAUCGCCGCGAUCACUACAGAGGGGCAUUCAGGACGCUGCCUCUUCCGAGCUGGGAAUAGGGGUGGGAUUGCAGG